CCUGGCGUCUGCCGUUUAAACCGGCUUAAUUAGCAGCCGCCAUUUUCGGUUCGGUGAAUUGGUUGGAGAUCGAAGGGCGAUCGUUCUCGAUAUUGGAACCAAACCGGCCAAAUUUCAGAAUGGGUGGUGAUGUGCAAGGACACGGAGAUCACGGCGUCCACGGCAUACCCAAGAUCCCGGAUUACAGAAUCUACAAAGUGGAAGACGUUCCUCGGCUCGUCCGUGCUCAGAAGCUACUGGCUGCCAAAGGACUUCGUGACCCAUGGCUGAGGAACGAAGUGUGGAAGUUCUGCUUGGAAAAAGAGAGCACCACCAUGCAGCGCUUCUGGAGGUUCUGGAAGCGCGGCAUGAUGCCCGGACUUGCCCUGGCAGUGGCUGCGGUAGGGCUCGAGCAGGCCUGGAAGUUUGCGACAGGCGGAGACAUCAAGCACCACGGCGAGCACCAUGGCGAACACCACUGAACCUCGGCUUCACACCUACCACAAUAGUACCUCCAGCCGCGUAGAACUGGCAAUUAAAUCUGUACAGAAGUCCA